CGCUGCCGGAGCCGGCGAGCGGCGCGAUCGCCCAAACUCCUGGGAGGGGAGACACCACCCGCCGCCGCCUCCUCUUCCUUCUCCACCUCCUCCUCCUCCUCCCCUCCCCGCCGCAAACCCCAAAUAAAAGGGGCGGGGGGCGGCAGGAUGCGCCGCUCGGAGGGGAGGUCGGCGCCGCCGCCGGCCGCCUGAUGCCGCCGCAAUUCGCCAUUGCCGGGCACGGCUCGGAGCCGAGCGGAGGGAGGCGGGGGGCAGAGCCGGGGGUCCCGGGGGCAGAGGAGCAGCGGCCCCCCCUGCCCGGCCGCCCCCGCAGGCCGCCGUCCUCCCCGAUGCCCGCCCGCCGCCGGCGGGGGGCCCCGGGGGCCCGCUCCUGUCUGCUCUGGCUCUUUGUGUUGCUGAAGAAUGCAGAGCCUUUCCAAGUUGCUGUCCGAGAAGACAAUUGUAUCAUUGUCUCCCUGGAGGCAUCAGAUGUGGUGAGCUCAGCCUCUGUGUAUGUUGUGAAGAUAGCUGGAGAAUCCAAGAACUACUUUUUCCAGUUCGACGAAUUCAAUAGCACUUUACCUGCCCCUGUGGUUUUUAAUGCCAAAUACCAUGGCCUGUAUUACAUUGUCACUCUCUUGGUAGUGAACUCAAAUAUGGUUUCCAAGUCAGCAAGAUCAAUCACUGUGUUAACCAAACCACUUCCUGUGAGCAAUGUUUCUAUCUACGAUUACAAACCAUCUCCAGAAACAGGGGUGUUGUUUGAAAUUCAGUACCCAGAGAAAUACAAUGUUUUUACCAGGGUAAAUAUAAGCUACUGGGAAGGAAAAGACUACAGAACAAUGCUGUACAAAGAUUUCUUUAAAGGUAAAACAGUUUUCAAUCACUGGCUGCCAGGCAUAUGCUACAGUAACAUCACCUUUCAGUUGGUAUCAGAAGCAACCUUCAACAAGAGCACGCUGGUGGAAUACAGUGGGGUCCAGCAUGAGCCCAAACAGCACAGAACAGUUCCUUACCCACCUCGAAACAUCUCUGUUCAGAUCGUGCCAAUCAACAGAAACGACUGGGAAGAGCACAGUGGGAAUUUCGCUGAGGAAUCCUUCAUGGGAGCGCCAGAACUCAUCAGGCAGGAGAAGGCCAGCCAUCCUUCUGAGAGCCCAGCUGAAAUUCCAGCAGCAAACACAUCUGCAGCCUGGCUGGAUGAGCGCUCCAACAGCUCCGAGGACGAGAGCACCUCGCAGCCAGCCUGGUGGUCCAGCGAGGCCGAGUCAUCCGAGGGGGAAGAGGAGUUUGUCAGCGUGGUUCCCAGUGAUUAUGCAGCCAGUGAUGCCAACACCUCUGGCAGAGCCACAGCAGAGCCCCCUCCCUUCCUUCCUGUGCAGAUGGUGCUGACCUGGCUGCCCCCAAAGCCCCCCACUGCCUUUGAUGGUUUCCACAUCAAUAUUGAAAGGGAAGAGAACUCCACAGAAUUUUUGACAGUGAGUGAGGACACUCACAAAUUUGUUGCUGAACUGAAAGAACCAGGAAAAUAUAAAUUGUCUGUAACAACAUUUAGCUCCUCCGGCUCUUGUGAAGUUCGGGGAAGUCAAUCAGCAAAAACACUUAGCUUUUACAUCAGCCCCACAGGUGAGUGGAUAGAGGAGCUCACUGAGAAGCCCCAGCAUGUGACAGUGACGGUGCUGAGCUCCACGACUGCCCUGACCUCCUGGACGGCGUCACACGAGAGCAGUGGCAACAGCACCAUCGUGUCUGUGCUCUCCCUCACCUGCCAGAAGCAAAAGGAGAGUCAAAGGCUUGAAAAGCACUACUGCACUGAGGUGAAUUCGAGCAGCAGCCUCAUUGAGAAUCUUGUUCCUGGUGCCCAGUACCAAGUUGUGGUUUAUUUAAGGAAGGGACCAUUGGUUGGACCUCCUUCUGAUCCUGUCACAUUUUCCAUUGUGCCCACUGGAAUAAAGGAUCUGACACUUUACCCUUUGGGACCUACUGCUGUGGUUCUGAGCUGGAACAGGCCUUUCCUUGGGGUGUUCAGGAAAUAUGUGGUAGAAAUGUUUUACUUCAACCCAUCAACGAUGACCUCGGAGUGGACAACCUACUAUGAAAUAGCAGCAACUGUCUCCUUGACUGCCUCAGUGAGAAUAGCCAACCUGCUGCCUGCUUGGUAUUACAAUUUUCGGGUCACCAUGGUGACCUGGGGGGACCCAGAGCUGAGCUGCUGUGACAGCUCCACCAUCAGCUUCAUAACAGCACCAGUGGCACCCAAAAUUACCUCUGUAGAAUAUUACAACCACCUUUUGUACGUCACCUGGACCUACGGAGGAGAUGGUCCCGACCUUUCUCAUUCCAGGAUGCUGCACUGGAUGGUUGUUGCAGAAGGAAAGAAAAAAAUCAAGAAGAGUGUAACACGCAAUGUGAUGACUGCAGUGCUGAGCUUGCCUCCAGGGGACAUCUACAACCUUUCAGUGACUGCUUGUACUGAAAGAGGCAGCAAUACUUCCAUGCCCCAACUUGUGAAAUUGGAACCAGCCCCUCCAAAAUCACUGUUUGCUGUCAACAAGACUCAGACCUCUGUGACUCUGCUGUGGGUGGAAGAAGGAGUAGCUGAUUUCUUUGAAGUCUACUGCCAGCAGGCUGGAUCUGGCCAGGAAACAAAAGUCCAGGAACCUGUGACGGUCUCUUCACACGUCGUGACCAUUUCCAGCCUGACCCCUGCCACCUCCUACAACUGCAGCGUGACCACCUUCAGCCACAACAGCCCCAGCAUCCCCACCUUCAUCGCAGUUUCCACCAUGGUGACUGAGAUGAACCCCAACGUCGUGGUAAUCUCCGUGCUGGCCAUCCUCAGUAUCCUCCUGAUUGGACUGCUGCUGGUCACUCUUGUUGUACUCAGGAGAAAACACCUACAGAUGGCCAGGGAGUGUGGGGCUGGGACCUUUGUGAAUUUUGCAUCUUUAGAGAGAGAUGGAAAGCUCCCCUAUAACUGGCGUAGAAGUGUAUUUGCUUUCCUAACUCUGCUACCCUCAUGCCUUUGGACUGAUUAUCUUUUGGCAUUUUAUGUUAAUCCUUGGAGUAAAAAUGGAUUAAAGAAGAGAAAGCUGACCAACCCUGUCCAGUUGGAUGAUUUUGAUGGCUACAUCAAAGACAUGGCCAAAGACUCGGAUUAUAAAUUUUCUCUGCAAUUUGAGGAGCUAAAACUGAUUGGGCUUGACAUACCCCACUUUGCUGCUGAUCUGCCCAUGAAUCGCUGUAAAAAUCGCUACACAAAUAUCCUGCCAUAUGAUUUCAGUCGUGUCCGGUUAGUCUCGAUGAAUGAAGAAGAGGGAUCUGACUACAUUAAUGCCAACUACAUCCCUGGUUAUAAUUCACCCCAGGAAUACAUUGCAACCCAAGGACCGCUGCCAGAAACUAGGAAUGAUUUUUGGAAGAUGGUUCUCCAGCAAAAAUCACAAAUCAUUGUUAUGCUCACUCAGUGCAAUGAGAAAAGACGGGUGAAAUGUGACCAUUAUUGGCCUUUUACGGAGGAUCCUGUUGCAUAUGGGGAUAUCACAGUGGAGAUGCUGAGCGAGGAGGAGCACACGGACUGGGUGUACCGCAGCUUCCGAAUCAGCUACGCUGAUGAGGUGCAGGACGUGAUGCAUUUUAACUACACGGCCUGGCCUGACCACGGCGUCCCCACCACCAACGCUGCCGAGAGCAUCCUCCAGUUUGUACAGAUGGUCAGGCAGAAAUCAGCAAAGACUAAAGGCCCCAUGGUCAUACACUGCAGCGCUGGCGUGGGACGGACGGGAACGUUCAUAGCCCUGGACCGGCUCUUGCAGCACAUCCGUGACCACGAGUUCGUGGAUAUUUUGGGCCUGGUGUCGGACAUGAGGUCCUACAGAAUGUCCAUGGUGCAGACAGAGGAGCAGUACAUUUUUAUUCACCAGUGUGUGCAGCUGAUGUGGCAAAAGAAGAAGCAGCAGUUCUGCAUCAGCGAUGUCAUAUAUGAGAACGUCAGCAAGUCCUAGUCCAGAGCCACAGGUGGUGAGACCAUGAAGCACAUCCAUCUUCCCUUGCUUCUGAUUUAUUUUCUGUUGAUGGUUUGAACGGGCAGGUGCUGUGCCACGAGAGACUACUGCUUUGCAGUGCACAGACAAUGAGGAAAAGAAACUUUUACCUUUCUGAAGCACUGGGGAGACAAAGCCUUAACGAGCCUGCGGUGUCUUUUGAACUGUUUCAUUUCUGGACAUUUUUUUUAAAUACUGGACCAAAUUCAGCUAAACAACAUGAAGGAAAAGACACUAUAUGUGCAUAAGAUAGAUUGCUCCAGAGUGUUGGGGUUUUGUUUGGUACUGUUGGUUAAUUUCUUUCAUAAUUUUUUAUUAUUUUUUUUUUUCUGUGCAGGUUGGGCUUAAGGUUGAAGUAAGUGCAAUAUUUUUUUAAUGGUUGACUGAAGAGCUUUCUUCAUGUGUCACUGGUCUGUCCCUAGGAGAGCAGGCAUUGUUAGUAUCUAAUAAUACCUCAUUAGUGAAUAGCGAGGCAUGAACAUACAUGAAGAAACCUGGAGAUUGUGAGGAGGGGCUGGGAGGGAGGGGAGGGUUGCUGGGUCCGUGGAUUUGACUGUUUCCUUACAGCACUGAUGUUCGUGGGGCCUGGGGGAGCACGAGACCCGAGGAACGGACUGACGAGCAGAAAUCCGAGCUGUGGAUUUCUCCCAGAGCUGGGAGAAUUGCAGGGUUUGGCUCUUGACUGGGCUGCCACUAAUUAAGCAGAGGGAUUGCUCUUUUUGCCAACCUUUUUUUUGGUAAUGCCACUGAUCAGGCUCUUGUUUCAGAUGGAUCUAAUCACAGGGAAACUUAUCACAGAGUUUCAAGCUGGGAUAUCUGAGCAUAUAUACUAUAGCAUUUAACUGAGCAGUCUAUGGUGCCUAUACCCCUCAUUCAUUUCUUAUUUUUAGCAAUUAUUAACCCUGUGUAAAAAACAUGAAGCUGGUUCAGGUUGGAGGGGUGGAAAGGAAAAAAAAAACAAAAAACCCUACAAAAAGUGCUUUAUGUAACUAUUUUUUCUGAACCAGGAGUUUACAAAUGUUACAAAUACAAGGUUUUGGCAUGUGAAGGGCUGGUUAUCAAUUUAUUGCUACAAGGCUGCCAAAGUGUCAGUAUGGAUUCCUGCAGGGCCUUUGGGGGGCAGGGUGGGGGGCUCUUUUCUUUUUUGCUGUCUGUUUCAGUUCUAGUCAAAAUAAUUAGCUAUAUAUAUAUAUAUAUAUAUAUAUUUUAUUUUUUUUUUGGUCUUUGUAUAAUUCCGGUACAUCAUUGUGUAUUGUGACAUGGAUGCUGUCAGAAUGGAUGUUUGAUGGCAUUUUUGUAACCUGUUGCUUUGUGUCACCUCAUUGGAAGUUAGCAGCAAUGGUACUCAAUGUAAACAAAGCAGACUUGAACUGGAAGUAAACACACUGGAUUGCUUACCUGUGGAGGAGUCACUGUCAGCAAAACAGCAAACACACCUUUUUGUUUAAUUUUAUUGAUUUUGCACACACUUGAUUUCAUUCACCCAGGGCUGCUACUGCCUGCCAGGGCACCAGGGUGUAGGGCAGGAGCUCAGCUGCUCUCAGGAGCCUGAUAAUCUUCAGCUGAUAUUCCUUUUUCUUUUGUCUUCCAAAAUUACUCCAGUGGCAGGUGCAUACUUAUUUGAUAGCUACUUCAUCAUGGUAUUGGUUGCAUUGGAAAACUUCCUUCAGACUAUCCCAUGGAUUUAACAUAAUUCCCAGAUAAAACAGGUCCUUGUGAGGGGUACUAAACAAACAGGAUUUUGAUUCUCCAAACCUUUCAUUAUUAAAUAGGUGUGAGAUGCAUUUCCCCUCCCUUUCUCUUUCCAGGCAUCUAAUGCUACUUCCAGUUUCUUCCACAAAUGCCAGUCCUAGAGCAGGGAUGGUGUUUCUGGAAGCACAGGAUGGAUGCAGAAGGGAAGAACUCCCUGUUUCAGGGAGCCAGUUGGUAACAAGAAAGGCUCCAAUGGUCCAUUCAUUUCUCCCUCAUUCCUCCCUCAUUUCUCUGCUGUGCCUCAGCUGGGGGCCCUGCCAUUCCAGUAGGAACAGCAAAGUCUUGUCUGGCCUAAACUGAACAGAAAGCAGAAUUAUAAAUGAGCACUUGGCCAUUUAGACCUUGCCCCCAUGCUUUUCUUUUUAAGAAAAAAUGCAUUUCAGGGUUUUAUUACAUGUUUACUCAGUAAAUGUGUUCAUAUCCCUCUAGAGAACUGUCUGUGGGGUGAAAAAAAAAUCAACCUAACAACCAACAAAUGUUAUUUCUCAUCUACUGUCUCCUCCCUCCUGCUGGCCAUUGCCCAUUGAGUCUAUACUUGCUCUGUAUCACAGUAAGCAGGUUAAUUCUAAAUCAUUCACUGUGCCCACAAAAUGUCACAGUGAGAGCUGGCUGAAACAGGAGCUUGGCUGAACCUGACAGGGCACAAAAUUGCUGCAAAGAUGCCAAAAUCACAUUGUUGCAAAGGACACUGCCUGAGCAGCCUGAAUUUACCAGCCAGUUUUUGAAUGUGUGUCAAGAAUUAUUCCAUUUGUGCAGUGAGCAGGUGUGUAUUUUUCCUUUAAUAGCUUUAAUCACAAAGUCAAUUACAACACAAACUCCAUCAGAAUAAUACCUUUUCCUGCCCCACACAGUAUGCAGAACUGUGUAAGUGGACAUGGAGGAUGGCAGUGGAAACCACCUGUCCCAGCAUUCAAGCCAUGAGUGCAGCAAUAAAUGAGUCUGAAAGAUGCUGUGGUUCACAAAGACUCCUGCAGAGCCUUUUAGCCUGAAUUGACACAACAUGAUUUUGGCUUUACCUCAUCAUACACCUCCAGUGUCCAAAAGAACAAUGUUUUGGACUCGUGCUUCAUGUUAAUAUUGUUUCCAUCAUCUGUCAGAGUGAAACUCCCAAGCCAUCAGUGCUGGAACACUUCAGGUUUGGUAACAGAUGUUCUGAAUUAUGGGUUUCACAUCCCCAGCUCUGCUGACACUAUUGAUGCUCUUUAUUGAUCUGUUCUUCCAGUGCCACUGACCCAAUGUCUGUAAAAGCAGCUCUGUGCAGUGGGUGACCAUUAACUGAAAACCAGGGCAGGUUUUCUCCUUGUCCCAUGCUGUGCAUGCUGCCAUGGAGGCAAAAAAUAAGUAAAUUUAAGAAGCUUUGAAAGGUGUGUGUGAAAGCAUGGCCUCUCUGAGCAUAUCCUGAGCCCUGACAUCCUUGGGUCAUCAGAACUGUUCCCUUCAAACCUCACCAAAAGAUUAAAUGCAGGUCAGGAAGCCUUA